AUUGCUAUAUAGAGUUGAUGUCUUCUCUAAAUUAUCAGACAACUAUCUGUUCUAGCUUUACGCCAUCUCAACUUCAUAAAAGAAAGAACUAUGUCUACAUCUGUAUUACAAGAAAGAUUGGAGGGAAAGGUUGCAAUUAUUACAGGCGGAGCACAAGGUAUUGGAGAUGCCACUGUUCGCCUCUUCACCAAACAUGGAGCCAAAGUCAUAAUUGCGGACAUCGCAGAUGAUGCUGGUCAUAAGCUUGCAGAAUCUCUCUCACAGUCCGCAACCUAUAUUCACUGUGAUGUGAGCAAAGAGCAAGACGUGAGAGCAGCAGUGGAUUUGGCCAUGGAAAAGCAUGGAAAACUGGACGUUAUGUUCAAUAACGCUGGUACUGGAGAUGGGCAUCGAAAUAGUGUUGCAGAGUAUGAGAUGGAGCAGUUUGAACGCACCAUGAAUGUAAAUGUAAAAGGAGUAAUGCACGGCAUUAAGCAUGCAGCCCGCGUUAUGAUACCCAACAGAAAAGGGUGUAUUAUUUCAACAGCCAGUGUUUCGGGGAUUAUGGGUGGCGUUACAGCUUAUGCUUACACGGCCUCAAAACAUGCAAUUAUAGGCCUCACUAAAAAUGGUGCAGCUGAGCUUGGUAAACAUGGUAUCAGAGUCAACUGCGUUUCUCCUUCUCUUGUUGCAACCGGGCUUAUAAUGGACUAUGUAGGAAAGGGAAAGGAUGAAGUGGAGGCGUGGGGUUGCAGCGUAGGUAACUUGAAGGGGACGAUUCUUAAAGCAGACGAUAUUGCAGAGGCUGCUCUUUAUUUGGCCAGUGAUGAAUCUAAAUAUGUGAGCGGCCAUAAUCUUGUUGUGGAUGGAGGUCAGACAGUUGUAAACCACGACUGGGGACUUUACAGGCCAUAAGGGCUUUUAGUAUUCAGUUCUCACUACAUGCAUGAUAUGGCAGCUAUGGUCAGAACAUUUGAUUGUAGUUCAGUGAUGUGACUGAACAUUAGAGCAAUUUCGUUCUUGGUAGGAUAGAUAGUUUAUAUAGAAUUUGUUAUAUGCAUCACAUAAUUUAGCUCACAUCCUUAUUUAAUAAAUCCUGAAAUAGCAGCUGCUAUAGAAUCUAUGAUAUCGUAGUGUAGUGAUCUCGAAAGGUACUAAUAUAAUAAAAUUAUGAAUUCUCUUUCA